AUGACACUCUGCUCAUCUUCUAGGGGGAUCUGCAACAAGCGCAAGUUAUCAAAACCAUCCUAUCUGCUUUUUCAGAUUUCUCUGGCCUGCAAAUCAACUUUCACAAAAGAGCUGCAGGUCCUGCAUGCCCUCGUCGAGCACGGCAACUGGAGUAGUGAUGCCGUCGUUGACCAUCGUUUCUCCUCUCUGUCUCCUAAGGAGCUCACUACGAGCCUGUUCUACAAGCUGAUCACGUUCCGUGGUGAGAAGUCUGCUAAGCAUCUCUGGGGCAGGCUGCAGUUGGAUACGUUGGCAUGUGCUUCCCCUAACCUGCUGUCCUUCUUUGAGCACGCUGCUCAGCAGCUCAAUCCUGGAAAGAAAUGGAAUGUGGCCUUCGCAGCCUGCGCCGUCACCCUAUGGUUCUUGGUCUUACUUGAUGAUGUGUGGUCCGCAGAAAUGUUGGAUCAUAUCAGAAAGUCAUUGCCUCAUACUGUCCCAGGCAGUAGAGUAAUAGUUACUAUAGCAUUUGAAAGGGAAAAGGGAGAUUAUAUACAUGAAGUAGGUUUAAUUGAUCAUACAAAGGCAAAAAUGCUGUUCAUGGCAGCUGUGCCUGUGCCUGUGCACAAAUAUGAGAGAAUUCCACCCAUACUCUGGGAUAUUUGUGGGGGUCUCCCAUUAGCCAUAGUUCAAAUGGCUGGGCGCUUUGCAUGCAACCCACAGAAUUUAGAAGAUGAAUGGCUCAAGUUGUGCUCUUCUUUACAACCAAGCCCUGGUACAGGUCACACCGCGGAACAACUCAUGAAGAUACUUAUUUCCUGCUACAACGAUAUGCCUGUUGAGAUCAAGACAUGUUCUUUCUAUCUUACCAUACUCCCAAGGGGUAAAAAAAUCAGCAGGAAGCGUCUGACAAGGCGAUGGAUACCAGAUGGUGCUGGCAUUGAGCAGCAGGGGUUCAGAGCGGAGGGGGUUGCAGAGGCAUACUUGAAUCAUCUCAUCAGAAGGAAGAUCCUAGGAGCCGUGGAGUACAGCAGCAAUGGGAAGGUGAAGAGCUAUCAGGUCCACGACAUGGUUCUUGAGAACAUUGCAUCCAAGGCAAGCGAAAACAACUUUGUCACUACGAUUGGUGGUUCGGCCAUGCCGUCACCUAACCGCAAAAUCCGCCGGCUGUCCGUACAAUGCAGUGUUUUGAAGUAUGAGGAAGAACUGGAGAUCAUGAAUUUGUCUCAUGUUCGUGACCUGACCAUGUUUGGGAGUAUGAAGCACCUGCCUUCCAGUUUGUUCAAAUUUAGAGUUGUCCAAGUUCUAGACCUUGAAGGCUGCAAGGAUUUCAAGCAGCAUCAUACUAACGAGAUAUGCAGAAUGCUUCUACUCAAGUAUCUCAGUCUCCGAGGAACAGACAUUAAGAAGCUAACAAGAAAGAUUGGAUGUCUUAGGGAGUAUUUGGAAACACUUGACAUCAGAGAAACAAAUGUUACGGAGCUGCCCAAAACGAUCUGCAUGCUUAAACAAGUGGUUAGCAUAUUUGGUGGGGACAAAAGAACAGGGAUGGCAUUGAAGCUUCCUGAAGAAAUGGGGAGGACGAAAGCAAUGAAGGCUCUCCGUAUACUGUCAGGUAUUGAGAUCAGUGAAGAAAGGAGUGGAGUAGGAGACUUCCAUCAUUUGACCGAGCUGAGGAAGCUCGCCAUUUACAAGCUUAACAUCAGUAAGGAGGGUCUACUUUUCAAGCAAUUAAGCACCUCGAUCAAGCGCCUUCAUGGUAGCUACCAUCUCCGUACCCUGGCAAUUCACGAGGAGUCAUCUGAGUUUUUCAAAUCACUAGAUGGUCUUUCUCUCUGUCCCAAGUUUCUCUAUGCUCUUGAGAUGUCUGGAAAGUUAGUUGAGCUCCCAAAAUGUAUUGCAGAAAUGCACGCUCUCAAACACCUAACCCUCUCAGUGACGGCUCUUCGGGCAGAUAAUUUGGGAGCUAUUUUACGGUACCCUGAUGCCAAAUAG